CACUUACGAGUACGUCGCCGUUUUCCAAUGGGGAAAUCGUUUGAUUUACGAUAAAGUAAUUCGUAGCAACCGCAGGAUUUACUUGUCGAGUCGGGUUCGAGUUUCGGUUUAUCGGUCACGCGAAUGUUAAUUAUCGUCAACGAAAAUGCAUUAGAUGCGAACGGCGAAGUUAAAUACAAUUAAAUCGGAUAGAUAUCGUCGCAUUUACAUGUUUUCUGACGUCCAAAGAAAUAGUAACUGGAAAUCGUUUGAGAUUGGUCGGAUUGUGCUUGCUUACAAGGUCUGUUCGAUCGUAUAAUAUGAAAAUGAUUGUGUAUUAAAGAAGAUUGCAAUGACUUUGAAACUGUUUUUUAUUCGGACGGAGCGAGAACGGACGUAAAAGUUACGAAGACGUUCUCGAUAAUUUUUGAUUGUAUUGUAUAUGCCUACAACGGAGAUAUGGGCCGUAAACAGUCUUGGCAGAGUGUUCACUCUCUCUACCAAAGAACAGUUUUGGAAAGAACUAAGAUACGGAGGUCUAGAAUUCAAGAGAGUGUCAGCAACGUCGUUCUGUACUUGGGCGAUUGGAGGAGAUCACAUGGUUUAUGUAUACAUUCCGUUACAAGAUAUUCCAAUUCGCUUCAAAGAAGUUACCUUUGAAAAUGAAAGGUGGAAUCCAUACAGUGGAUUUACUAGUAAGCUUCUUCCUACUGACAGACCUCACUUCAGUAGUGAAGAUGGUCUUACUGAAUUGCCAAAAGAAAAUUUUCAGUUACCGUCACCUAGUUGGCAAUGGGAAGAGGACUGGUAUAUUGAAGAUAGUUUGGAUGGACAACCACUUGGAAUAGAAGGAUGGACAUAUUCGGUUGAUUUUCCUUUACAUUAUGGUCCAUCAAAGAAGUGGAAUUCUAUGGUCAGACGAAGAAAAUGGGUCCGAUACCGAAAAUUUAUUGCAAUGGACAACUGGACUUUAGUACCAAGUAUUUAUUCUGAUCCAGUUACUGAACCUUUUCUUGAUGUUGCUGUAGGAGGAAAUGAUAUUCCUGGUGGAAAUACAGCAAAUUUUGCUGUAUGGUCUGUUACAGUCAUGGGAAGAAUUAUGUUUAGGUGUGGAGUUACAACCGUUUGUCCUGAAGGUGCAAAAUGGAUUCACAUUCCAACUCCUUCUGGUUGUGAAGUUAAUCAAAUUUCUGUCAGCCCCACAGGAUUAGUGUGGGCAGUAACUUGGGAUGGUAAUGCAUUAGUUAGAACAGGAGUCAACAGAGAAAAUAUAAUAGGUAAUGUUUGGAAAAAAGUAGAUUGUCCAAAUGAAAAGCAUCCUUUAUUACAGAUAUCUGUUGGCACUAAUACUGUCUGGGCAGUUUCAAGAAGUGGUGAGAUAUGGUUUCGUAAAGGUAUAAAGGGUCAACAAGCUGGAGUAGAUGAUGAUUAUGCAAUUGGUAGUGGAUGGGUAAAGAUGGUUGGAGAAAUGAGUAGCAUUUCUGUUGGUGCUAAUGAUCAGGUAAAUUAUUUAUUAUUUGUUAAAUCAACUUUAAUAAAUUUUUUAUCCAUUUUUCUUUUCUAUUCAUUAUCUAAAUUCUUUUUACUUUAGUCAUUUUAAGUUCACUGUUAAAAUAUAAUCAUUGACAAAACAUUUCUCACCCAGGUAAAAUUGUCCAUUACUAAAAUUUGACAUACAGCUUUAUCUCAGACUAGCAGACCCCGCCACGCGUUGUUGUGGCUCAAAAUGUAUC